AUGUUGUGGUCUGCUGUGGAGAGAGCCGCGGGCAGCACAGGGUGGCUCUUUGCAGCGGUGGCGCGCUCUGCUGUUCCGCGUCACAUCCCUUCGAGACCGUGGCAAGCAGUGGGGCGCAUAAAGACAGUCCUGGGCUUGAAUGUGGCCGCUGUUACUUGCCUACAGUGUAAUGACAAAAAGGUUGUGUUAGCCGCUUCAAGAAUGUGUCACAGAGUGCAGGAAAACAUGGUGGAGCUGGUGGAGGUCCUCAAGUGCGGGCUGCAGCAGAUCACCGGCCACGGAGGCCUGCGUGGCCUUCUGCAGGUCUUUUUCAGGGCAAGUGAUAUAAAGGUAGGUACACUGGUGGGAGAAGACAAAUACAGAAACAAAUACUAUGAGGACAACAAACAAUUUUUUGACCGUCACCGGUGGGUUGUGUACACCACUGAAAUGAAUGGCAAAAACACGUUCUGGAAUAUGGAUGGAAGCAUGAUGCCUCCUGAAUGGCACCGCUGGCUUCACUGCAUGACUGAUGACCCUUCAACAACAAACCUGCCGACUCCUCGGAAAUGCAUCUGGGCAAGCCAUAAAUUCAAAGUGACUGACACUCCAGAGCAAUACGUCCCUUAUUCCACCACCAGAAAGAAGAUUCAGGAAUGGGUCCCGCCUUCCACACCUUACAAGUGACAGCAGUGGAGACCAAGUCCAGCACAUGCAGGGUGGUGCAGGGCUUUCCUU